UUUUUAACGUUCAAAAGGUCGCCAGCAGCCAUCAGAACGCAACGAUCGAGUGAAAAGAUUAGUUUGGACCGCGUUCCGUUGCAUUUUAUCCUAAUGUUUGAUGACAACAUCCUUAAAACUAGAAACUGACGCGCGAAUUGUUAUCCAAUUAUAAUUGUGUGGCUUUGCAAAAAUUGUGCUUCAUUUCAUCGGGUGGCGCAUUAUAUCUAUCGAGCGCUUUUUAGUGGGUUUUUUACGCUGCCGGUGUUGAAUAAUUUUGUUUCAGCCAGCUGCCAUUUAAAUAAGCAUGAGUUCAAGAGGAGCCAAAGAAACGCCAUUGAAAGAUGGCGCAGUCCAACUCGAUUCCGCCCGAGCGACCAAAUCCGGGAGGAAAGUUAAGCGUCCUGCUCAUUUCGACGAUUCACCGCUUGAUACUAAAAAGUUGGGUUCGGUAGGCGGUUCUGCUUUGAAAAAGUCUGAGGCGUUGGCAAUUUCUUCCCCUAAAAUUUCGACGGAAGAAACGUCUAAAAAGUCGGUUCGUAAAACUAUUUUGAAGGAUGAUACCCCGGUUAAGAAUGGUCGGCAGGAAAUGACAGCGAAGUCCGCUAAAAAAGAUGGUGAAGCUGACAGUGUCAAGAAAGGUCGCAAGACGACGCAUAAAGUUGCGGAUGAUUCCCCGGCUAAGGAACCAAAAAUGGAUGUCGGCAAAAAGUCUGCACGAAAGACAUUACUGAAGAAUAACAUUGGAACCCCAGACAAUUCUAAGAAGUUGGAUUCCCCUAAAGUGAGUAAAACUGUAUCCGACAUGGAAGCGGAAAAUCCUGCUGGUCCAGGAACUUCCAGAACAGGCAGAAAGAUAAAAGUUCCUGCUCACUUGAAAGAAUUUGAAGAUGUUGUUGUUCCAGUGCCUAAAAAGGAAUUGUUUGAAAAAACUCCGCGCAAAUCGAUGGCCCCGAAAGAACUAGAACAGGAAACGACUACUAAAACCCCGAAGGCCCGUGGACGCUUGAUGGCAAGAGGUAUUCAUGAUAUAGAUGAUGGAAAAGUGUCACCAAAACGGCAUGUCUCUUCUAAGAAAACCGAAGAAGAUCCUUUGGCUUUACCUUCUGAAAAACAGCAGCCUAAACAAACUCCUACUAAGAAAGAAAAAAUUGUAGAACUAGUAACGAAAAAGGAGAAACAGGCUCGUGAAACAUCACCUGAUAUGAAACCUGUAACGAAAGUACCAACAAAAACACCGAAUCGUGGAAAAUCUUUAUCAGAAGCCAUCGUGACUUCACCUUCAACAACCGAAAAGCAUGCUACCAAAACUCCGUCUAAGCGGGGUAGAUCAAUGGCUCCUGUGCGAGAUACUUCUCCGGAUCAAGAAACAAGAACCCCGAAAAUCACUAAGCUAGUAGAUGAAUUCUCUUCGGAUGCUGGAAUCUCACGCUCCGGUCGAAAAAUCAAACCUAAGAAAUACUUCGGAGAAUUUGUCGAAGACGAAGAAGAGACCAUUUCGAAGUCCCUAACAACCGCAAAAGCCAAAUCUCCCAUUAAAAAGCUUCUUUCUCCUGUUUCCAAAUUGGCUUCGCCCGUUAAAAAAAUUAUCUCUCCGGUUCGCAAAAUUGUAUCGCCUAUAAAAAAGGCAAUCUCUCCUUUCCGCAAAACAGCGUCCCCAAUAAAAAAUCAAUCUAAAAAACAAUCACCAAAAGUAUCUCCUCCAAAAAAGAAGCAACAAGCAGAGCAUGAAAACAAAUCAGAAGAUAUUUCCCCUAACAGCAGUCAAGGAUUUGUCACCAAACGUGGUAUCAAUGACCAUCAUCAUAAACUUUUAGUUAACGAAAAGGAUCCUGUCAGUAGCACUUCGGCGGUAUCUCUUUCCAAAACAAAAGACGGUACCGUAGAAGCCAUUACUAAAAAUUCUCCCAGGUCCGCAAUAAAGCGGAAAACAAACCAUGCUGAUGAAUCGGUAAAUCCUUCAGAUAAUGACACUGAUAAGGUACCGAAACGUAAUCGCAAAACAAUCGCUGCCAUCGAUUCAGAUGAUUCAUCUGAAGUACAAAAAGAUUCCAAAACGCCACGACAAAAACCCAUGCUGGCUGAACCAAUUCGAAAGGAAGCGUCUAACGACAAAGCCGAUGAGCCAAAACAGUCUCCGGAAUCCGAUCCUAUAGAAAUACCAAAGCGAGGUCGCAAAACCAUAGCAGCCAGCCUCUCGCAUAAAUCGCCUGAACCACCGAAGGUUCCUAAAACCCCACGUCGACAAACCAUGGCAGUUGAAGCCAUCCAACCGGAGGAAUCCAUCGGCAGUAGCCGUUCAGGUCGAAAAAUUAAACCGAAAAAGUUUUUCGGAGAGGAUGACAUCGAGCCUUCAACAGCAAUCAUUAAGCAAAAACAACCCAUCGCUCGCCGAAAGACGUUGGCAGCAAAACAAGAGGAUUCAGAUGAUACCAACCAUCCUGAAGCAGAAUCGUCAAUCUCACCAAAACCUGUGUCAAAGAAACCGGAAUCAGACGUUGCUCCACAAGAAGAAAUAAAAACUAUUGUGGAUAAUACCUUGAUUCAACCACAAAUUGCUCGGGUGGAUGCGAAAUCUGUAGCUGAUGGAAAGAAUGAGAACGACGAGACCGAAGGUGUUGAAACAGGCAAAAUCUCUAACGAGGCAAUGGAAGCAGCAGUUCCCGAAAACUCACAGGAAGACUCCAAAGAUGGAGCAGCAGCUUCCGAAACAAUACAUACAGAACAAGAAACAGUAGAACCAAUGGAAGCGGCAAAUUUUCAAGAGGUUCAUAUUCAACAAACAGCGCCAGCAGCGGAGAAUCAUCCUCCGAUGAUAGCGAACAGAGAUAUGACGGAGAUAGCAAGCUCGAACCCCUUGAAAAUAGCAGGCGAUCAUGCGUGCUUAACUGACAAAAUCGUUGCAGAAGAAGGACAUGACGAUUCCUUAGAACAACAAUUGGGUGAAAUACAUUCUACUACCGAUAUAAUGGAAGAUGUAGAGACUCAACAACAAGCGAGGGACUGCGAAGCUGAUAUGGAAUCUGUCUUGGAACAAAUGCUAGAGGAUCAAGAUCAUGCUAUUGUAACCGAAAUUCAUGAGGAUUACGAGCAGACUGCUAUUUGCAACUCGCAAGUUGAUCCAGAUCAGGAAGUCUUAACUGACAUGCAUGAGACCCAUGAACAACCAGCUAUCUUAGCCUUACCUGCCAUUCCAGAACGCAAUGAUGUUACCGGCGUUCCCGACAAUCAAGAACCGACAGCUAUUGCCGACUCUCCUACAGAUCCAGAACAAGCUGUUAUGGCUAAUGUGCAUGGGGAUGAAGAACAGCCUGCUGUCACUGGUUUACUUGCGGAUCAGGAACAUGCAAUCAUUACUAACCAGCACAGAAUGGUAGAAAAGGUAGUACAAUCAUUGAAUGCAGCCGUGGAAACACAGCCGACAUUGGAAACGUCAGCUAGCAGCAAUUUUUCAGAAGCAUUGUUGGUAGAGGAAGACACGACUACCGAGGUAUCAUCGACUGUUGUUGAGAAAAAGCAGGACGAGCAACUUCUUCAAGAAUACGAUGAAGGUUUAGAUAAAGAAGAACCCGGAGAAAUUCUUGCACCGGAUAGUAGCACAGUAGUUCAAGUUGAGAACACUGCAGAAUCAUCUGUUUCGCAAGACGCUGAAGAAGAUUUGGAUCGAACCAGUCCUCCUGCCUUCGACGAGAUGGAUUUGGCGGAUGGAGAUGGUUCUGAAAAUUUGGUAGAGCAAAACCGUGAUGAUGAGUCGGUAGAAAUCAUACCGGAAACAGCGGAUAAAAGGGUAAACAGCCCUGUAUCAAAACUUGUUUCUAUUCCGGCUACUCCUAGAACACCAGACUCGAAAUCUACCAAACCAUCCGAAAAUUUGUCUCCCGAUAAACCGGACGAGCUAGUUCCGAAUGUUCCCAUCGAAAUAAUUGAUAUAACUGAAAGUCCAAUUGUAUCGGUCAAUCCAACAGAAAAAAUUAGCUCUCAAAGAGAAAGUGCCACCAGCACUCCCCUCAGGAUGGUUGCCAAAAUGAAGGUACACGAAAAACUUAUCCAGAACAGCCGCAAGAGGUCCCUUUCGGCCAGCGAUGCCGAUGUCACAAAGAAAAAUGUAACCUUCCACAGCCCGGCUAACAGCACUAUUCUGGUGGACACUUUAGAUGAGCGUUUAAAGAAGAGUUUCAAGCACGAGAGCGCCAGCAAGACUUCGAUGACUAGUUCAAACCGCAAACGAGCCCUAUCUGAACACAGAGAUUUAGAUAAACAUUCAUCGGAAGCACCGAAGCCGCCGAAACUAACCAAACUCCCUAACUUUAAAAGCAUUCAUCAGAAACAAUUUGAUCAGAUGGAGUCGAUCGAUGCACUGCACAACCGUAAGAUACAGAGAGCUAAGGAAAUGACUUCUGCUUGCAAAAGCCCUGGACUAGUGCGCAGCAUUGAAAAGCCAUCAUUUGGAAGCACUGCACCACCUAAAUCGCCCGGAAAAUUUGGAUUUUGUUCUAGUAGCAGCAGCAGCAGUUUGAUCAGUAAACCAUCUGUUGUCAAGGCUCUCAUUAGCAGCGGUCCAGUGAAAGCUCUCCACGGUUCCGAUGCUCACGGUAGCCGACCUUUGCUCACGGAUGUGGAACGCCAGGAGAAGCGACAGAAACAGUUUGCUGCCACAUUCAGGGGUAAGAGCGCUGAGCAAAAUUCGCAGGACAAACCCGAUGGCGCACGCAACGUGAUCGAGCAAAGCAGACACAAGCAAAGCCAAAUACUGAAAGGAGUGAGGACGAAUAAACGAUUUGAAUUGCUCAUGAAGUUCCGCGAUACACAGGACUGAAUUUCACGGCAAGUGAUGGUGUAAGAUACAGCUGCAACCGAUCAGUUUAGAGAACUUAGUUGUAGAUUGGCACGCACACCUCGAUUUAUUUGUGGCUGAAAGUUGAAUCUUUUCCAGAAUAUUUCAAUGUGCAUUUUACAUUAAUAAUAAGUUUUAAGUUUAAGCUUACAUAUUAGUUGAAUAUCUUCAAUCCUUCGACUAGUUUCAAACUCACAUUUGGAGAACACAAAUUUAACAGACUCAAACAGUUAGUAUAAUUUUCGAAUUUUUUGUUAAUUUUCUUUUGACAUACAACUUUUGAUUAUUCUUAUUAUUAUUUCAUUCAUUUUCCCUGAGAAAUAGGUACAUGCUGUUCUUCUGGGUUCAUCCAUUGGAUUAUGCUAACCAAUCCAGAACAGUUACAUAUAUUGAUUUUCACACGGUAAGAGCUUUCGCCUGUUUUUGCAGAGAGACCUACAAUAUGAAACGUAAUUUAAAACAUGCGCUCAAUGCCACCAGAAUCUGGUCAGCGCUAGCCACAUAGGCACACUAGAGUAGCACCCUGCAAUGCAGUGGAACCCAACAAAAAUGCUUGUGCUGUUUCAUUGUUAAAAGAGCUAUCAACAAUUGAAUGAACCGUAGGAUACCCUUUCAUGACGGUCAUUGACUGGAAUUGUAACUUUAUAUUUGUAAUAUACAGAUAACCUGUCUUCGAAUAAAACAAUUUAAAAUGUU